CAACAAGCCAAGGAGAGUUGGCCGUCACGAACCACAGCACGAGCACGGAAAGCAAAAGAGUGUCUCUAAGAGGAGAGUCCCGUUGCUUCUUGUGAGGGCUUCGCUUGGUUCAAACCAAAGCCGGCUGGGCAGAGCCAUUGUUGCUACACGACCGUCGUCAACGGUGAGAGCGAGCAUCCCUGAGACUAGCAUGUUUGCCAGGACGACAACAAGACAGGCCAGGCUUUUGCGGCGAAUCGUGACACGCCAAAAUUGCCUGAGAGGCAGCAGCAUCCAGACUCCAAAUAUUGCACAUUCCGCUGCAUUCUCUACCACCAGAAGCCAGAAUGCAGUGCCGCGAAAGGUCCCGGGCACCUUCGCCAAAGCCCGCUUCUCCAAGAUGGAAGUUCCCCAGCUGGCUUUCUGGAAGAGCAUGGCACGCCCACCAUUGGUAGUUGACACGGAACCGGACGAGUUCUUCAGAACCACGCAUGUCUAUGUUGACCUGGCCGUGGCCGACAAGGCCGGAUGGCGCAGCACACUUAAAGACCCGCCUCAUUCGUUAUCAUAUGCCACUCUCCACUAUGCAGCAGCAAUGAUCAUGAAUGGGCCAGUUGGGCCGGCUUACCAAAUUGCCUUACAUAUUUACCACACUCUGGUAACCCUCAACUACCCGCCGUCCAUCAUUACUGUUAUACGCUUGGCCUUCAUGAGAAACAAGCUGGGACAGCCGCAAUUCAGUCUAGCAGAGGAGAAAUUCGCAGCCCUGUUGCGGCGAAAGGACGAUCCUAAUGCUUGUGCGAUGCAAGGCAUUAUACUUGCAUCGAAACUGACGCCCGAAACCGAUAAGCAAGCAUUGCAAUGGUUCCGCACCGCAGCUUCUCUAGGUGGGGAGGAGCCAGGUGCUUGGGACUGGCAAGCAAGCUGCGCCAUGGAGAUGGGAAAGGUGUAUCUGCGCAUGAACAACACAAAUAAGGCUAACGAAAUCUGGAAAUAUUGCGCCGAGAGACUUGAUGUGGCCGAGGGCGCUUGGUUGUAUUCUACUCUGUUGGACCACUCGGACCCGAAGAAGUACUACUGGGUAUGCAGAGCCGCUGUUUCUGGUAUUCAAGAUGCUGCACGGGAGAUGGCACGACUUGAAGGCUCAAGGACAGAAAUCGAAGGCGUGGGAGGCGCCGGAGCCUGGGAUGCUAAGUCGGCUGGUGUAUUGCAGAGAGAAUGGGAAGCCAUUGCCGGUGAUCGAGCACUUGUGUGACGACGGAACUCAUGUGAUCCAAGUCUGACAUAAUUAAAAUGUAGAACAUGUACUCUAUACUUGUAUAUAAGUCACCGUACAAAGGGAUGUCAAAGAUC